AUGUCUGUGAGCAUCUUCGAAGUGACUGAUGCAGACUCCGGAACAUACCAGUGUGUUCUGAGGAGAUCACUGAUAAAAGAUGGAGUCGAAACAUUCAGGAUCAAAGUCACAAACAAUCCAGACGCAGCUGUAAAUCCCACUUUCACUCUCAGACCUGAACGUUCUCCUCCCGUCUCUGUGAAACCCAGCUCUGGAGACGUCUCUACAGUCGCAGCAGAAGAUCAAAGUGUCUCCAGAGAUCCUCACAGUUCCACUCCUGAGCAUCAGCAGAACAAAGAACCAGAGCCGAGCCUCCUCCUCCUCCUCCUCCUGCUCCUCCUGGUCCCUCUGGUCCUGAUGCUGUCUGUGGUCGUCUGCUACAAACAAAGGAAAUCAGACGAACCUGGAUGGGACAGCAUUACGAUUCGUGAAGCGUAUGGUCUCGCUAUGUACCUGGAGGAUGAGACAUUUUUACAGUUUCUGCACUUUUUCUACCAGCUCAUGCCAGAAGUGGACAUUCUGUACAACACACUGCAAAAACGCAGUGUCGAUGCGACCACAGUUAAUCGUGCUAUGGACAGCUUCAAAGACGCUGGAGUUGUGUUUGAGCCUUGUGCUGCUGUCACAGAGUCUGCAGACAUCACGUACCAGUCUCUCUGUGCAGAAACAAGAGAACACAACAUCUACAGCUCUCUGACCGCUCUGGGGACACCUCCCCCUGGUGGUCAGCGUCUGUAA